AUGGCAGACCGGAAAGUGUACGGCAGCCUUAACUCACCGGACACAUUGAAGGUUCUGGCAUGCCUCUUUGAGCACCGACUUGAUUUUCAUGAGUUUGUUUCUGUCGAUCUUGAUGCUGGAGAGUGCAUGAGAAGAAACCUUUUCUUUUCUCCAUUUGGUCAAGUUCCAGUAUACGAGGACGAUGGCAUCAAACAAUUCGGGAUUUUUCCUACAUUUUGUACGGGAUAUCCUUUAUCUUGUACGGGGUACAUACGGAGGGGAAAACCAGAAUUUGGUUUUGUUCUGUUUGAGUCCGAGUCUCUGAAAUGGCCCGAAUUUGAUGAUGUUAAUGGAAAUGUGCUAACCUACUCUGCACAAGACAGGAAACUGGCUCAACCUUGA